UCUAUCUGUCUUCUACUUACAUAACAUAAGAUCAAGUUCAAUGUACAUGGUGAAAGCUAGAAACCCAAGAUUUGAUAGCACAAAUUAGAGGGACUAAGAAGGAAGAUAGAGAUGCCUGAAUUCUGUGUAACAGGGGGUACUGGGUUCAUAGCAGCUUACCUGGUACAGGCCUUAUUAGAAAAGGGUCACACCGUCAGGACCACCGUGAGAAACCCAGGGGAUGUGGAGAAGGUUGGUUUUCUCAUGGAACUAAGUGGAGCCAAAGAGAGAUUGAAGAUUUUGAAAGCUGAUCUGUUGAAUGAAGGGAGCUUUGAUGAGGCAGUGAGUGGUGUUGAUGGUGUAUUUCAUACAGCAUCACCUGUUCUCGUUCCAUAUGAUGACAAUAUUCAGGCAACUUUGAUUGAUCCCUGUAUAAAAGGAGCCCUGAAUGUGCUCAACUCCUGUGUAAAAGCUAAUGUGAAACGUGUGGUGCUCACAUCUUCUUGCUCCUCUAUAAGAUACCGUGAUGAUGAGCAACAAGUGUCUCCUCUUAAUGAAUCUCAUUGGAGUGAUCCAGAAUACUGCAAACGCUACAAUUUGUGGUAUGCAUACGCAAAGACAUUAGCAGAAAAAGAAGCUUGGAAGAUUGCGAAGGAAAGUGGCAUGGAUUUAGUAGUGGUUAACCCUUCUUUCGUUGUUGGUCCCCUUCUUGCACCGCAGCCAACCAGCACGCUGCUCAUGAUACUAAGCAUUAUCAAAGGCCUGAAAGGAGAAUACCCAAACACAACAGUGGGCUUUGUACACAUACAUGAUGUGGUAGGCGCUCACUUGUUGGCUAUGGAGGAGCCCAAAGCUUCUGGCAGGCUAGUUUGUUCAAGCACAGUUGCUCACUGGUCUCAAAUCAUUGAAAUGCUUCAGUCCCAAUAUCCUUUCUAUCCAUAUGAAAAAAAGUGUGGCAGCCAGGAAGGAGAUAAUAACACACAUAGCAUGGACACCACCAAAAUCACUGCAUUGGGGUUUCCUGCAUUCAAAAGCCUUGAGCAAAUGUUCGAUGACUGCAUCAAAAGCUUUCAAGAAAAGGGAUUCCUAUGAGAUCCGUGAUAUGUAAUGUCGGUUUACCUUUCAUGUUCGUGUGAGGUAUCAUUGUCAUAUGAUCCAUGGGGUCAUUAACCAAAUAAAAAAAAUUCAGUGCUAUCUUUUAUCUGUGUUUUAUUUCCUUCA